CCGUCCCGUCCCGUCCCGUCCCGUCCAGUCGCCAUGGAGGAGCCGCUGCUGCCCGCCCCCAUCAACCCCAACAACUUCCCGGCCAAGCUGUGGCGGCUGGUGAACAGCCCGCUGUUCCGCUCUAUCCGCUGGGACGCCCGCGGCGAGGGGCUGCUCAUCGACCAGCCGCUCUUCGAGUCCGAGCUGCUGGGCGCGGGGCCGGGCCGCGCCGCAGGGCCGGGCGGCGACGGGGCGGCGGGGGCCGGCGACCUCUUCAAGACCACCAACUUCACCAGCUUCAUCCGGCAGCUCAACCUCUACGGCUUCCGCAAGGUGGUGAUGGGGCCGGCGGGGGCCGGACCCGGACCUGGACCCGGACCCGGAUCCGGACCAGGGCCGGGCCCAGGGGGCGACAGCGGCGGCGGCUCCGGGGGCCCCCUGCACCACUUCCACAGCCCCCACUUCCGCCGCGACCGCCCCGACCUCCUCGUCCACCUCAAGCGCCUGACGAGCGCCAACAGGGCGAAGCUGGCGGCCGGGCUGGAGGUGACGAGCCGCCCGCCCAACCGCUUCCAGCGCCUGCUUGGCACCUCGCUGCACGGGGACCUGCCGCUGCCGCCCUCGACGCCCGGCAAGGCCGACCGGCCCGGACUGCUGACUGUAGGACAGUUUCAUGGACCUUAUCAUCAAGACAGUUUAUUUCCUUACUCCUACAUAUCAGCCUCAUCCCACAGCCACAGCACGUUACCGUCAAAAAGUUUAGAUCGGACUCCAGUCCCUUCCAGAACAUGGCAGAAUUCUCUUGGGUUUGUCCCAGGACACGAGGCUUCCCCAGCCUUUUCAGACAAAGGGGUUGCCUUUCCAGUACUCCAGAGGUUUCCGACACAGGUCACGUACACACUACAGCCCAGCACCUCUCCUGUGCCGCUUCAGCAACAGUCUCAAGCCAUUGCUACUUCCCCUCCAAAAUACAGCAGCUACACAUCUUCAAUGCAGUUCUCACAAACCUAUUAUCCAACAGCUGCACUGCAGUGUUGCUCACCAACUACCCACACAGAUCCUCUGACUGGCUAUGCUAGUCCUACAGCUUCGACGUACACCCACUGCAGCUUUUUCCAGAGUCCUCCAAUGCAGUCGCCUUAUGCAGUUGAAUUUCUACCCUCUAACUGGCCAUGUAAUACAUCUGAUGAAAACAAGAAGACAGAAGUAAAUCUUGAAGCCGUGUUUCAGAUUGUUGAUGAAAUGCAUUCAACACCUAAAGCUGAAAUGGUGAAAGUGGAACCUGUGGAGAACCAGUGUCCAAGCCCUCGGUCCAACAGAAGCCAACCACUGCUAGUUGAUACGGAGAACAGUGAUCCACCUUCUUCAAAUGAGGAGAGCCAACUGGAACCUCUUACUCCUGUAGCUUCAGACAUUAUGUCGUUUGUGAUGGGAGCAGAUCAAGAAAUGACUUGUCCUCUGUCACAACCUUCUGAAUUUCUUUACACUCUCCGUACCUCUGCAUCAGUAGAAAGUGAUGCAGCUCAAAUACUGCAAGAACCUGUGACCAUGCAGGAAGCAUGUUCAAAACUGAGAGAACAACAAGAUCACUUCCCAGCUCCAUCCUCAGUAAUGUUUGUUCAGGAAGGACAGUGGUUCAGUCCACAGAAGUAUUCACCUGAAAGCAAAACAAAAGCUAAAUGCCAAUCCAACACAUUAGAGACAGUGGUGUCUUUGGAAGAGACAGGAUUCCUCACUUCAGGAACUGGGCCUGUGAACAAAUCUGCAGUUUCGUCUGUACUACCUAGAAGCAGAGAGAGAAGAAACAGUACACAGAAGAGCAAGUCCACUGGAACACAGACAUAAUACUGAGAUGCCACUAGCUCAGAUGAAUCCAUCAUUAUGCUGCAAGAUCUCCAUCUGCUGGUAGACGUAGCUUGCAAGCAGGGGCACUUUCCAAAGGAAGAAAUAAGAGAGUGAGAAGUGGGUGACAAGUAUGUGAAAAUGUGCAGCAGCUGCCAGCUGGGUUCUCUUGUCAGACUCCAGAGGCAAUGUCUUGCACACAACAGGCACUUUGGAUCUUUUCAACUGUUUAUAAAAAAAAAAAAAAAAAAAAAAAAAAAAAAGCCUAUUUUUAAAAUUUCAUUCUAACUUUGUGAGGUGUUAGUCACUCCAUGCUUUUUUACACCUCUUCUAUUACAUUUCCUACACGACAAGUUAUAAAGCGUCUAGUGGUCAGAAUAUUUAAUAUGAAGUAAAUACUUAGCUGCUCAUUUUUUUAGAUAUGGAAAAUCUGGACUUCCUGUAAACAGGAACAGCCUUAAAAACUUUUUCCAAAACUUUCUUACAGUGAAGCAAGUUGGUUUCAGUGCUGUAUUUGGAAUCUUUUUAUUUAACAUUGUUGGAAGCUACAGUGUACUCAGCACAGAUGCUCUUUGGUGCUCUCACCGUCUUUGCUUGAAGUCAUACUGUGGCUCUUUAAUGGGAAUUGUGUAUGAAACAAAAGCGCAGGAAAGUCACAAGAUUCUAGGUCUGAAUGGGUCAGGGAUUUCAAGAGAGCAGCUAUGGGAAAGAUGAGCUAAUUUUGUGAGUGAUUAACCAGGAAACGCUCUUCUUUCGUAAACCAACGCUCUGUUUCAGCAACAAGUGUGUCCCUUCUGGUGGGUAUCCGUUACACAUGACAGCUGCCGAUCUUUUACAUUUAUGGAUAAUUGUCCUGUUUUAAUAAUUUAUUUUUGAUUCUAAUUAUAUAUGUAAUGGUAAGUUAUCUGUUGUUUAAGUACUUUAUUUUAAGUAGGUUUUAAAUACAUUUUAACAUAUUAAACCUGAUUUUAUUUAUAUUGAUAGUAGAUUUAAAGUUUUUAAUAGCUAUGCAUUUGUAUUUAUGUUAAUAUACUGUUUAAAGGAUAAAGUGGGCACAGUCUAUAUUUAUGUUAGGGAAAUACAUGUGAAAGAGCACCUAAAACAUAGAUUUAAUUGUGUCAUCUGUGUUCAUGCUUCUUUUAAAAUGAAUUAGAGCCAGUACUUUCACACAAGAAAGAAACAGAAUUUAUCAGGACUGCCUCAGCUAUACCGUCCAGCACUUUAUGUAGCUUCUAGCCGUGAGCAGGAUGUCCUAAGUGAACGUUGAGUGGUAGAACGAACUGGGGAAAAGCUUUUGAUUAUUCACCAGCAGUCCAAACUAGACAAAUGCAAUCUGAGGAUGCUUUUAGGUCAAGGCUAGUGGGAGUCUUACCAUACUGGUUGUCCUCAGAUUUGUUAUCCUGUAUCAUAUAUUACAGGAUUUAUGUGCAGUACAAUUUCAGUUGACAUGAAUAGUGAAGGGUUAGGUGGUUAUGUUCAAGUCCUACUUCUUAAAUGAAAGGAUAUGGAAACCAUUUGUACAUGAAUGAGAGUAUUUGGGUAGUUAAAAGGAAAAGUUUUUCAGUAACAUUGCUGCAGCUCGUCACCUAAGUUUUGUUUCAUGCCCUACAGCUGACAUGGCUUGAGACUGUUGCAUGAUAUGCUGUGGAUGAUCUGUGUCCUGUAGGAGCUGGUGCCAUCAAUAGUAACAGGGUUUGACAGCAGCAGACUAGCCCUCACAGACCAAGUUGUAAGGAGAUGGACUUAAAAGGAUUUCAGCCUUGUCAAACUGGAGCUGCUACCUCUUUAAUUCACAUACACUACAAAUGGAACUUCUUAGCUUACCUUUUUUAUUCCUGCUUGCCACCAAAAGAUUUGACACUUUUGGAGAUUUAAGAUAGGGGAAUCUCAUAGUCUUAGAUAAUGCUCUGUUGUUCUAAAGGCAAAUUACGAAAUCCUUCAUAUUAGAAUUUUUUAAUAUGCUGAUUUAGAAAGGCUAUGGAGCUGGCUCUCCUGAUGUACAUUACUUUCAGAACACACAUGGAUGUAAGCUCCCUUCAUUCUUAACCAGCUCAUCCUGAUGUAGGGAGAGAGCACAGGAGAAAGGGCACUCACUAGCUUAGGAAAUUAGUAUAUUGCUGCACAAGGCCUCACGAGUCUCAGGUGGCCCUCUAGAUUGAAGGUCUAGUGCUUCAGCACCUUAACGUGGAUCUAGUUCAGUCAGUAAAUAAUAAAAAGUAACUUCUGUAGCAAGACCUUUUUUUUAACUAUAUUCUUGUUAAUGGGAGCACAGUGCAAUUUUGUUUACCUCGCGGAUGUUCUUUUAUCGUCCUGCUCAGACAGCAUGGUUGCACCAAUCUGCAAUAAAUUAACUUUCAAACUGAAA